UUUCCGUUUACUGCAGUACCGUAAACAUCGUUGCUGCAUUCCGCUGCUCGCAUUAAGCCCGGCUUAGUGUGCAGUUUAUGCGAAGACUUCGUAUCCUGGACCGGUUAUAGGGACAUCAUAACACCGUAGUGUUGCUCGCAUAAGGCGUCUGUGCAGUGUCGUAGGUAGCAGUGCCUUGCAAGCCACGAUGGUGAAAGUGUCCAAGAUUCGAAAUCAACAACUGAAUGCCGCAGUCACUAAAACUAAAGCAGCGAUGGAUCUCGAAGAAGUGGCUAGGCACGAACUUGGUGAAACACCUGAAACCAAAGCAGACUCCUUGCUACGGCUACGCCAACUGUUAGCAGGGGAGCCAUCCUUGAAGAUUCCUUCGAGCGAUGACUUUCUCGUGAUGUUUCUGCGAGCCAGAAAAUACAGAGUAGAAGAGGCCUUCCAAAUGAUGAAACACUACUUCCGCAUGCGGCGAGAUGUGCCGGAGUUCUUUCAUGAACUUGUCCCUCAGAAAGUUCCCUUCAGAAAAAUUUGCCACGACCACAAACUCCUGAUGAUAUCGCCUGAACCAGGCGAGUAUGGGAGGAGCAUGGGAGUCUUCAAAAUAGGUGCUUGGAACCCUGACAUCUGCAGCCUUUUGGACUAUACCAGAGCAGGGCUUCUGUUGACGGGGAGCUGGCUCCUUGAAGAUGUUCCAUCAAUAUGUGGGGUCGAGUGCGUCAUGGACAUGAAGGGACUAAACAUCCGUCACAUGACGCAGCUCACACCAGCGUACCUGAUGAAAUUCGCUAAUAUUUUGCAGGACUGCUGGCCAGUACGGAUAAAGGCUGUCUACAUAACAAACCACCCUAAGAUCUUUGAAGUCCUCUUUGCAGCGAUCAAGCCGUUCCUGCGCAGCAAGCUGCUAAGCAGAGUCCACUUCAUUGGCGACGAAGCUUCUGAGUUUUGGAACCGCUUUCCUGACGACCUCGUACCAACGGAACUCGGCGGGAGGUGUGAGCACUUCGAUUAUGAUCGCCAAGAGAUGUUGGUGCACAGCAGAACCGGCUUCUUCGAAAGCUUGUGUGCCUGCGGAUACAAAAAGAACAAGGCCUGAUAAGAGAUUGAUAAUUUAGUGCCAGACAUUCAACGGAGCUGCAAUCAUUCCCAUAAAUAUCAGCCAACUAAACCGAAAGGUUGCAUGCUCUGGCUGAAAGUCUGUUCACAGAACACUGCGCCAGUGUGCGUUCGUCUCUUGCACCAGCUAAGAAGAUCGUAGAAUUACAUCCCGGACUUGCACCUUGACAACUGUAUGGCUGAUUCACACAUGGCUCCUCAAGACUUAUGUGUUUGGAGAAUUGCAUCCUUCUGAUGGUGUUAUCAUCAGUGAACCAGCACCACUGCUCCUUCCCAUCUCUUUCUCUCGAACCUCUUUCUUUUUUUUCUUUCUUUGUUUUUGUGUCAUCCCUAAUAAGUGAGGCGUGUAUCCAUGACUCAUGAGCAGAGCCUUGGUGUUUCGUCAAUAUACAUUGCAAAUGGCUAAUAUACAUUACCCGCGGUUUUCCAGCAUUCUUUACACAUGGUCGGAUGGAAGUCUUACAUAUAGCUUCAGACUAGCAAUUUAAAGCCAUUGAUUAAAUCAAUCAUUUGUUUGACUUGUGAAACUUACUUUUGGACACUAUCACUGAUUUCUGUGAGGUCAGCUUUCGCGCCCUUUGCGUUUUUUUUCGAACAUACAAAUUUGAAUGGGAGAAUUUAUAUUGAGGUAGAGCUAAUAAAUACACUCAGUUCAUUUAUCGACCAAAUCAUCGCGAUUUUAAAGGAAACCUGAACUUGCAAAUGCUCUGCUCUAACAGCUCGUUUCAUUUUCACUAGUGUUAUGGUUCACUGUGUACGGCGAUGAAGCGCCUGAGAAACGUCGUGCCUCAUCGUCACACUCUUCAAUGUUAAAAGGCUUGUCCGCCGGGUGUGUGCGACGGGAUUAUGCACCAGUGCAAAUCCUACUCUGCUUUGUCCAAUGUUCAGCCCCUCUACGCCAGGGAGUGCUUUUUCUCUGUAUUCCUCCGUGGGGGUUGAGCAGUGUGCUGACAGGGCCCUCUACCAGGAAGCAAGAGAGAAGGAGGUUGCCCGGAUGGUUUGGGGUAUAAGAAGACCAGCGCGAUCUCCACGAACACGUCGUCUCGACCCUUGCGUGCAGAAACACGCAGGCUGAACGUUGCUCUACUUUCUGUCUUAGAGCGCACCACUCACCCGUAACGAUGUAUUAAACUUCUGUUAUUGUUUUUA